CGUAAUACUCCCGUGAACAAGCUGACUUGUUGGAAAUGCUCGAGGAUCUGGAAGCUCUCUGAUUGCGCACUGGCUGCAGAAUCUGUGGAAUCGUCCAAAGAGAAGAAAAGUGAAGCAAUCGGCACCAGGAGAAUUCACCCAGAGACCAAGACCAGGAGGGUUUGGAUUAUUGAUCAUCUCCCCUUCUACUUCAUUCAAGGUUGUGUUGUGGCAGGACAUUCCUAUAGGGCAGGAGCUGACAUGCCAUUUGGUUGUCUGACACUUGGGGAGAAGAAGGAUUACAACAAUCCCUCAGAGGUGACCGACAAAUAUGACCUCGGACAAAUUGUUAAAUCAGAGGAGUUUUGUGAGAUAUUCCGAGCCAAGGAUAGGAACACCUUGAAAAUGUACACCUGUAAAAAGUUCCACAAGAAGGACGGACGGAAAGUGAGGAAGGCUGCCAAGAAUGAGAUAAUGAUCUUGAAGAUGGUAAAGCAUCAUAACAUCCUCCAGCUGGUUGACACGUUUGAAACUAAGAAAGAGUACUUCCUUUUUCUGGAACUCGCCACAGGCAGAGAGGUCUUUGACUGGAUCUUAGAUCAAGGCUACUACUCGGAGAGGGACACCAGCAAUGUUAUGAGGCAGGUGUUGGAAGCUGUAGCUUACCUGCACUCUCAGAAAAUUGUCCACAGAAAUCUGAAGUUGGAGAACCUGGUGUACUUUAAUCGUUUGAAGCACUCCAAAAUUGUUAUCAGUGACUUUCAGUUGGCAAAACUGGAAAAUGGACUCAUUAAGGACCCGUGUGGGACUCCAGAAUAUCUUGCUCCUGAGGUGGUUGGGAGGCAGAGGUACGGGAGACCUGUUGACUGUUGGGCCAUUGGUGUCAUCAUGUACAUACUUUUGUCUGGAAACCCUCCUUUCUACGACGACGCUGAAGAAGACGACUCUGACAAUCGGGAUAAGAACCUUUUCCUAAAGAUUUUGUCAGGAGACUAUGAGUUUGAUUCACCAUACUGGGAUGACAUCUCAGAUUCUGCCAAAACCUUAGUGGCAUCCUUGAUGGAAGUUGACCAAGAUCAGCGAUUGACUGCACAGGAAGCUAUUGCCCAUGAAUGGAUUUCUGGAAAUGCCGCCUCAGAUAAGAACAUUAAGGACGGUGUUUGUGCACAAAUAGAAAAGAACUUUGCUAAAGCCAAGUGGAAGAAAGCUGUCAGAGUGACCACCCUCAUGAAGAGGCUCAGAGCUUCUGAGCAGGGUGAAUCUGGGGCCUCCGGUCUCGCUGAGGGGGCUGCCGCUGACCCCAACGCACCCAGUGGCACUGCUCCCGCUCUUCCGGCGGGUAAUAGCGUCGCUGCCAGCAUAAAGGCCGCUCUUAGCGAAAAGGCUCCCGACACACAGACUGCCACCAUCACCCAGCCCAGUGCAGCCAGACAGGAGGAGCAGACAGGGUGCAACGGCGACAUCCCUCAAAUGUUGCCACAGAGGAAGGGAGAUUAGUUUAAUAAAUGAAGAGGACCCUUGCAAACCAACAAGCACAUGUGCAGUACAGCCAAUCAAUUUGGCCUGUGAUGAUACCAUGUCUAUGAUGUUUGACUAUCCUGUUUGCUGAAUUAUGUCACAACGCCAUCUUUUUUGCCUUCUGUACUGAUUGGUCUAUUGAAUAGUGUUCUCCAUGCUCCCUUGUUAUUUUAUGUACAAGUCCCUUUAAAGCUAGUUGCAAAGUAGCUCUUCUGUUGUUUCCUUUCUCCUUAAUAACUGUAGAAUCUCAGUGUUAUUUAGUGAAACCUUCAUCUUUAGUCAUCAGCUCAUUGUAUAUAGAUGUAUUUUGUCUGUUAAAACAAAUUGCUAGUUUUCAGCCGCAGAAAUUACAAUCCUGAGUUCAAGUCUUGUGACUUAAAAUUUUGAGUUGAAAGAUUUAGCGUAUUGAUCAAAUCAAGGUUUAUUUCAAGAAAUAAAAUUAAUUUACAAGGAAUAUUCAUGCUAAUAUAUUUGAGUUGACUCUUCAUUCCUCAAACAUGUAACAGGAAAUGUGUCAUAUAUUAGUUGAAUGGAUCAAAAAACAAUUUGUUGAGUUGAUUUAAAAAUAGAAAUAAAGUGAUUUAGUUAUUCUGAAAACUUCAAAAUGGUAAGACACUUGUAUGAUUCUUGUAUGACACUUUGAGGACGGUCCCUAAAAUGUUGUUAUGGUGAAAUACUAAGAGAGAAUCAGUAACAGCUCACCAUUUGUGGCUUUAGCUAACAUCCUAAGUAGAAAUCUUCUGGUUUAUCUCCGACUUUAGACAACUUAGAAUUUUAAGGCAGCAAGUAUAUUUAAGUUAAAGUGCCUUAAUAUUUGUUGUAGUAAUGUUGCUGAAAUGUUUCAAAAGAAACAAUUGGAUUAGAAAUGCUUACUGACUUCUUUGAAAUGUUUUAGCUGUUUUCUUUGCUCCUCUGUUUAGUCUUACGCUGCUGUACUUGUGUUCUGUCCACUUCAUUUAAAACACA